UUUAGCCACCCUUGUCCCUGAACACUAACUUCCCCAAACAUAUCCUUCCUCCCCUCAUAAAACUUGGCGUCUGGCCGCGCCGAUUUCAGGGUCGACUUCUGACCCGACGCAGGCCAAGCACCAACCAUCUUUGGAACUCCGAAUCUCUGCCUUAGAUGCUACAGUCCCAAAUCAUGGCUUUGAGACUGACGAACCUCAAUAGAGCGUCGGUUGACAUGCUGUUCAUGUCUCCACUCAGGAGAUGGACACAUGCUGUCGCCAUGCCUACGCGUUUGGAUAACAUUGUUGAUUAUCUGGCUGCAUCGCCGCCGAUGGUUUUGCCGAACUUUGAUCAUAACCACUCAGGUUGUGGUAAUCACAAAAUCAUUGGAUUUGGAUUUCCCAUUUCUUCUUUUGGUGCGUCAAUGGAGCUCAUGGCUGUCCCGAAGAAGAAGGUUUCUCCUCAUAAGAGAGGCAUAAGAAAUGGACCGAAAGCUUUGAAACCUACACCAGUUAUAAUUCGUUGCAAAUUCUCAUGUUUUUCCCUCGUUUAGGAGCUGUGGUCGGGUUAAGCUGCCUCAUUUCUACUGCUGCAGUGGGGAUAAGGGAAAUGAAGGUGAACAGAGUAAUUUAAGAAGGUGAUGGUUAUGUUUAUGCCAGUGAGCACCAUUGGUUUUUUCUUUUGAAGGUGAAAAUAAAUAGUAAACUUGGAGAGGGAAAAGUUUUACGGGUUUGGCAUUCUUGUAUCUUGGCUUCCAUAUUGUGAGGUAUCUGGAUUUAAGUUGAAGUUUUGUUGUAGUGAAGUAGAAUGUAGGCUCAGUUUUGAUUUAUCUAUAUAGCAUUUUGAUGGUUGUACUGAAACAAAAUUGUAAGUUGCAAUUGAUGCAAAUAGAUGGGAAGGUGCUUGGCACUUAAAUUAUUUUUGUGCUAAAACAGCUAUUUGUAGACACAUAAAGAAAA